UGUAGCAGAAGGCUUUCAAUAUUGACGCACAUUGACGCUUAUCGAGAGUCCUGUAAUCGUCGAAGACUGAAAAAAAUUCUGCUAUUGAAUCCAAACUAAUUUUCACAAGAGUGAGAUAUAUUAUUAUUUUAGGAACAAUGUCAGAGAUAGUAAUAGAUGAAAGAGGCGAACCAGAAUGUAUUGAAACUGUGUUAUUUCCUUCAACUGGUGAAGAUUCACAGUCUCAAUAUGUUUGUGUAACACUGAUUGUUCAAUUGCCUAUAGGAUACCCUGAUAUAUCACCUACUAUUAGUCUCAGAAAUCCUAGAGGUUUAGAUGAGAAUACAGUGAGACUUAUGCAAUCAGAUGCAGAAGCAAAGUGUAAGGAUUUCAUAGGUCAACCAGUUAUGUUUGAACUCAUUGAGUUAAUAAGAGAACACCUUACGAGAAGUAAUCUUCCAACGGAUCAAUGUGCCAUAUGUUUGUAUGGUUUUCGGGAAGGAGAUGAAUUUACAAAAACUGAAUGUUAUCAUUACUUUCAUUCACAUUGCUUAGCAGCACACAUUGCUGCUGCAGAACGAUAUUAUAGAGAAGAACAAGAAAAAUUGCCACAAUGGCAGCAAGAUGCUACCAAUAAAUUCCAGGCCAUAUGCCCUGUGUGCAGAGAAUCCAUCAAUUGCGAUGUUGAAAGUUUAUGGUCUGCUCCUCCUCCAAUUGAUGUUGAAGCUGCUAUCGAUUUUUCAGUAACUACAGAGUUGAGAGAAUUACAAAAACAAAUGGCAGCAUUGUUUUUGAGGCAACAACAAAGGGGUGGUAUAAUUGAUUUAGAAGCCGAAGGUGUAAAAACAUUGGUUAGAACAGAAGACGAACCUGGCGCUACUACUGAUGGACCCAAUCCUCCAGGAACCAGUUUAAAUGCUUAUUCAAACCAAAAUAUGCAACCUGUUAAUCAUAUGCAAAUGCCACAAUCAAAACAAUCUUCACAGACACAGAAUCAUGCUCACUAUCAAUCAAGACAACUACAUCAUAAUUAUCAUGGCCAUAAUAAUCAUGGUCAUCGAAAUAGAGGUCGCGGACGAGCUCAUUAUCGUCGUCAGUUUGACAGAGUUAGGCAGACGGAAUCUACUCCCAGAUGACAAUGGGUUCGAGAUAAACUAUUUACUGUCUGGUCUCCUAUUUUGCUAAAUAUAUACAAUAAUAUGAAUAGCAUUAGUAGCAUAAUUAUGUGUGUAUUAUAUAAUAACUGUUUAAUUUCAAAUUACUUUUAUAUACUAAAAUUAUAGGUUUCAUUGUUCAGCAACAUUCCUGUUGUAAUGAUGUUUAAAAUGGGAUAUGUUGAGACUUCCAAGGACUGUCUGUGUAGACUGAAGCCAUGGUGCUCUUUUAAACGAUCUACAAUCAUAAAAAGUUUUUCCUUUUUUUUUCUUUUUU